AUGAACAACAGCAAUGAAAUAAACUACCGAACAGCCCUCCAAAAACCCGACUGUGCCGACAACUGGCUCACCGAGAUUGAGAUUGAAUUCGAAAAAGUGUCUGAAGAGCUCGAAAUGGACAUCACGCUAAUCUUCCCCAUAACCGAGCGGCCCUCUCGCCCACGCCGAAUCCCCCAUAACCACCACCCGACCCUGGCGGCGUCUCCCGCCCUCCCCCGGCCCGCCGCCAAACCGCCCGCUGCCGCCCCUCCCGGCUUCAGCGUCCUCAACGUCUCUGCCGUCGUCUCUACCGUCGAGCAGCAGCAGCAGUACAAUCCGAAGAUCAAAGACCGAGGCAGCGAUCGCGAGUGGGCAGAAGGCGUCGUCGAGAUUAAGGGACCGGUUUAG